GAUUACUAAUUUAUAGAGAGACACCAACACCGAUGAUCACUAUAUACGGAUGAUAAUAACCGAGACGUUCGUGUAGAUUUUUCUUCAGCUGCACAACAGGCUGAGUGCGCUCCGAGCCUCGAUGUCCGACAGCCGUGAACGUCUCACCGUUGCCCCCUCCACAGCGCCCCCUUAAGGCCGGCCGUGGUCUCUGCCCACCAUCGCGCACUGAGUUCCGCUCAGUCUGGCCAAUCGUGUCCCGCUGUGGUUCAGCACCAUUGCAGUGUGGAGGGAUCAUACGGAGGUGCAGCUCUCUCACACACACACUCAGAGAGAGAGAGAGAGAGAGGGCUCAUUUGGAGGAAAGAUACUCGGCCUGGGUGACCGCUGUGGGCGAAACAAGACGCCUGCUUCCCCCCCGACACAGUCACCGUGUGACAUUGCCAUAACCAGCUUCAGUCGGGGUGACCCUCAGUGAUCAACAGAUGUGUGACACUGCGGAGAACCAUUUGCCUCUCCUAGUGGAGAUCUGAGUUCUGGGACACUGAGGCAGCCGAGGGGGGGUCUCUGAGGAAGAUGCUGGGUUCAGAGCGCAGUGUUGUCGAAGAAUGGCUCUCAGAAUUCAAGUCCUUACCAGAAACCCACAUCCCCAACUACGCCGGCAGCCUUCAUCUAAAGAAGACCCUUGUGCCAGCACUCUACAGAGUCAUCCAGGACCCCAACAAUGAGCUACUGGAGCCUGUGUGCCACCAACUGUUCGAGCUGUACCGGAGCUCUGAAGACCGCCUGCGCCGCUUCACCUUGCAGUUCCUGCCUGAGCUGGUGUGGGUAUACCUGCGCAUCACGGCAAGCAGGGAUCGACAAAGCAAUGGCUGCAUCGAGGCCCUCCUCCUGGGCAUCUAUAACCUGGAGAUCGUCGACAAAGACGGCAACAGCAGGCUCCUCUCCUUCACAAUCCCGUCUCUGUCCAAACCAUCGAUAUAUCAUGAGCCUUCAAGCCUCGGAUCCAUGGCAUUGACGGAGGGUGCUCUCUGUCAACACGACCUGAUCAGAGUGGUGUAUAGCGGCCUCCACCCUCAGAGAGAGACCUUCACAGCUCAGAACAGGUUUGAAGUGCUGUGUUUCCUCAUGCUCUGCUACAACUCUGCUGUGGUCUACAUGCCCCUGUCAUCCUAUCAGUCAAUCUGCAGAAUGAGCUCACGGUUGUGUGUAUGUGGCUUCCCCCGGCAGCAGCAGAAGCAUUGGAGGGAACCGUGCAACCGCGUGCUGCUGGAUCCCGAGUUCAUGGUGCAGAUGCUGACAGCCGUCUAUCACGCCAUAUACAAUGGUGAGUGGGAGAUGGGGCGGGAAGCUCUGGAGGACAUUCUGUACAGAGCCCAGCUGGAGCUUUACUCCCAACCACUCCUGCUGGGGAACGCCAUGAAGAACUCGCUGCCAGGCAGCGCUCCCGAUGAGCCGCGGGGGCGUAAGGUGCUCCAGGUGGAGGUGACACCCACCAUUAGCCGCAUCUCCAUCUCAGCCAUCACCACCGCUUCCAUACGACGCCACCGCUGGAAGAGAGAGGAUUGUUUUGACUACUCAACCGAUGCAGAGUUGAGCCUCAUCGUCAAUCCUCCUAGCCUCGCCCAGCAUCAACACCAACACCACCACCACACUCCCUGGGACCCCGCAGCCAAUGAGGAGAGAGGAGUGCGGCCUCACAGCCACGGCAGCAGCAGCAGCAGCAGCAUCAUUCCCCCCAUCACAUUUGAGGACGCCGAUGGUAUGAGCGGAGGGGAAGAUUCUUUCAACAUCAACGACCCAGACGAAGGUUUCUCCUCCGGCGCGUCUAACAGCAGCCAGCCCAGCGGCACCAAAGUGGGCGGCAGCAUCGGGCCGAGGGGCGGCAGCCUGAACAGCAGCAGCGGGGGCGGCUUCAAGAAGGCCAUCACAGCUCGGCUAUCUCGGGACAAGGAGAGAGAUCGGGAGAGGGACAGGGAGCGGGAGCGAGAGAAGGAGCCCGAUUUGUCGGGGGAUCACCAGGCAGCUGUGAGGAAGCAUCACCAGAGGCAGCAGUCGCCUCCAGUCAGCAUCAACUUGGAUGCCAUCCAGCUGAGCCCCAUAAAAAAGCACCUGAGCUUCCCUACGGGGCCCACACUGGUGCGGACUGGCAGCACCUCCUCCAGCAAGUCUUUUGACUGCAUGAGUUUCAACCUGAACGGAGGAGAUGACGAGCGGGAGGAGGCGGCGGGGGGCUCCGACAAGGAAGGAGGGCUUCCAGUAGGCGGGUCCCACCGCCUCUCCACCAUUAGCCUGAAGGAGGAGCAUCUCAUCAGGCCAGAGGACGCCCAGGACCUCCUGUCUCCUGGAGCUCCUCUCACCAAGCAGUCCCGCUCCCCCAGCUUCAACAUGCAGAUCAUAUCACAGGUCUAAUGUGCAAUGCAGGGCAUGGUAGACACACACACACACACACACACACACACACUUACACUCUUAUAUAUACACACACACACACACACACACACAAAAACACAAAUACUUCAUAACACACAUCCUUGUGCAGUUUUUCUCUGCAACUCUUUACAGCCCUACUACAACAACUUCUGUCUACCUAUCUAUGUUGGUGUAUGUGUGUGUGUGCGUGUGUGUGUGUGUGUGUGUGUGGGAACACAUCUUCAGAUCUCAAGUUGUGUCUCCACCCUUUUAACAUCCAUUAAACUUACAACCAUGACCUGCAGUCGUUGCUGGCGUGUUCGACGUCACUGGAAAAAAAGUAGUAACCGAUGACUGCCCACCGCUCAUGUGUAAAAGAGGUCCAGCAUGUCACUGCAUCACCCCGGGCUGACCAAGCUGAGCGUUCCACACGGAAAACUCGCAAAAGGAUUUCCACGCUAGCCGUAAGGGGGAAGGAUAUUUUGACAUUUCAGAUGUUUUGACUGAAUCAGUCAAAAAAAAAAAAGAAUCAGCAAUAACACUUAACCGGUCGCUCAUGUGGAGAAGAGUGGGGUCGCUUCAUUCCUUCCCUUUCAUUCCCGGGCUCACGUGCAAUCGUUCUUGCUGAUUAUCUUCCUUUUUUUAAUUGGGCAUAAAUGGUUUUAUGAAUAAAAAUUUCUUUAAAUGUUUAUUUUUUGUUUUUGAAAAUCACAAUCCAAAGAAAGUAGCAUUUUUUUGUUUUGUUUUUCUUUUCUUUCUUUUUUUGCAGAAAACCAGUGAUUCUUUUAGUUUUUCAGCCCGUGACCUUUAUUUUAUUCUGUAAUCAUAAUGUUCUCAUUUGAUCAGACUUUUUAAGAUUGUUGUUGUUAAAAAAAAAAAAAGAAAACCAAACUGGAAUGUGGGGGAGGGUUUUGUCUUGCCCAAAGCUUUUAACUGGACAAAAUCUGGAAGAAAAGAAAAAAAAAUCACUAAUGUGCAGCUACAAGAGGAAUUUAUCUUGUGACUUGAUUUAAAAAAAAGCAGCCGGAUCUUGUGAAAGGGUUUAAUCUUGUGGAUUAAAACAUUGUAGACGACGGUGCAGGUUUGGGUCUGAAGCUAAAAGGCAAUGACUGUAUUUUAUAUUGAAUUGUUGUUAUGGUUCAAACCAUUUAAUGGGUCCUUCCAUCUGAAAGCACUUGUUGUUGUUUGUUGUUGUUGUUUGCUGUUGGUGGUGGUGGUGUUGGUGGUGCGUGUUUGUUUGUUUGUGAGCCGGUGAAUUACUGCCCUCUGGAGGCUCGUACAAGUCACUGCGCAUCAGCCCAGUCACCAUGACGAUCGUCUUAGUGUUUUUGUGCUCUGAUUGGAUGCUCAUAAAAAACAUUUUGUUCUACCUCAUUGUGUGUUCCCCUGCCACUCAGACACCUGUCUCACCCAAUCAGACGCAGGAUUUUCAAGACCCAACCCACCCCCUCCACCACCACGCCCCCCUGUUAGGUUUAAAAACUGGACCACUUUUGGGGAUUAUUAUUAUGGUGCGGACCAGAAUGGUUUCACACUGCAAAACUGUAACAACACAGUGAAAUCUGUGUGUGUGUGUGUGUCUGUGUGUCUGUGUGUGUGUGUGUUCACGUGAGGAUUUAUGACUGAAUAUCUCGGCCUUGCAUUUCAGUUCAAUCUCAUCAUGCACAAAAAA